AUGGACGCAGUAGACUGGUCGUCGAUCCAGAACAGCCUCACCCCUACAAGGGUGGCCCUAGCUGGUGUUUUCGUCGUUUUUAUCCUUCCGCGCAUCUUUGGUUUUCUGAAAGCAUUCUUCUCACCCAUUCAGAAAAUUCCUGGCCCGUUUCUCAACAAGGUCACAUCAUGGCCAUUUACUUUGUCAGUUCUGAGGGGAGCAAGCCAUCACUUCACAGAUAGGCUGCACGAGAAAUAUGGCCCCAUCGUCGUGUUAGCACCGGACAUGAUCUCCGUUUCUGACCAUGCUGAGGUGAAGCGCAUCAUCCAGACGCAAGACUGGCAUAAGUCAGAGGCCGUCUAUGGCAACUUCAGACAAGAUCCUGAGCGUCCGACGCUGAUUGCCUUUACCGACAAAUCGGCUUACUCGGUGCGGAAGCGCAUGAUUUCAUCCAUGUUUGGCAUGCGCUACAUCCGCAGCAUGCAGCCGCUCAUGCUGGAAUGCAUCAGCGCAGCUGUUGACAAGCUUGAUGCGCUUUGUGGAGGAGACCAACCGGCUGAAGUGGACAUGCAACAUCUCAUACAGAGCUUGGCUGUCGACAUCAUUGGCGUCACAACGUUUGGCCAGAGCUUCAAAGUCGUGCAAAACGGGUCGCACCCUCUGCCAGACCAGAUCAAGAAGGCGCUGAAGCUGGCUGGAGUGCUGAUGCUUGUGCCCUGGAUUCGAAAGAUCCCUUUCUUGCCGGCUCGUGAUCCCUAUGUCGACAAGUUUACGUCCGAUGCCGUGGAGAACCGAAGGGCAAUCCUCAAGACGAGCAACAAGCAGGAUCUGCUGCAGAAGCUCGUAGAAGCUGGCGAUGAUGCUAAAGGCUCCACCUUCCGCCGCUCAGACAUUCAAGACGAGGCCGUUAUUUUGCUGACUGCGGGCAGCGAAACCACGGCCAACGCAGAGAUCUUCACGCUCAUCAUGCUGACGAAGCACAAAGACAAAAUGGCCAAGCUUGUGGCAGAGGUGGACGAGUGGUAUCCGCCUUCAGAUCCCGACAAGAUCGUCGACUGCGAGUACAGCUUUACUGGAAUGACCUACCUUCAAGCCUGCAUUGAUGAAACGAUGCGUCUCGUGCCCGGCCAAGCAACGGGUAGCCCCCGAGAGUGUCUGAAGGAAGAAAAGGUUUUGGGCUACAGUAUCCCCAAGGGAACAACAGUCUUCCCAUCCACCCAGAACGUCCACAUGGACGAAAAAGUCUGGCCUCACGCGACGGAAUUUCUGCCGGAGCGCUGGCUGGACAUUUACGCAAAAGGGAAGACGAACGAAGUUCCCUUUUGGCCCUUUUCCGCCGGCAGCCGCGUGUGUAUCGGAAAGCAUUUCGCGCUGCAAGAGAUGCAUUUGACGCUAGUUAGCCUCUUCCGGCGCUUCGAGUUCGAGUAUGUUCCUGGGCAGGAUGAGACCACAGUGUUUCGGGUUGCGCAGCAGCUUGAAGCUCCGCGAUACAUGAUCAAGGUGAAGCGCCGCAGCUUCUAA